AUGGAGCUAUUAUACAGUCAUGGGCACCGAUUCAAGCAAGUUUCUGUUGUUGAGCCCUUGGGCACGGAGAGUUGGCUUGUAGAAAUGCAAUGUCCUUCAGCCAAUGCUCUGACUAAACCUCUAUUGCCGGCGCAGUGGCACAAGCUUGAGAGAAUCUGCUUUAGAUCGGGUAUACUGCGUCCUGAUAAUGACUUGGGCCUCAUCGACCGCCUGCUUCUCCUCGCAGCUCCAGUCGCCGAAAACCUGCCGAAUCUUGCCAGUUUAGAAAUAUUCAACACCAGCACUGCCAUUUACGGAUGCGAACUACCCUCUUGCCUCUUCCGCUACAGCUGUGAGCAUUCAGGCGCCGAAUUACUCUGGGAAAGUCAUUGGCAGCUAUUCCCGAAUCUGAAAACCGCCGAGUUCGAAUUCUAUCCCGAAGUUAAGUGCGCGUGGGAAAAGGCUGCGGUCGCGCAUACCGGCUAUGGCAUCACUAUUCAGAUAAAUGAGCCAAAGGAAACAAUGAACGCCGAGCACUUUUGGCCGAGGGGUAAGCCUCGGCUCGCAGACGUCUUUAAGCUCGACGCUAUUCAUCCUUUCACAAGAGCCCUAAUGAGAGUUAGGUGUAAGCGGAAGCUGUUCUGGUAG